AUGGAUCAUGUACAUGAUGAUGUAUUAAGGUGGCUUGAUCAGUUGAUCAACCCAGUGGACAUCAUCAAUUCCCUUCCUAGACUGGCGGUGAUGUUUGUAAACACACCAUCAGUGCGCAGUGAUAUAACUAAAGUAUUGGAAAGGAUCACAUUCGUUACUUCGAGUAGGAUAACACAUAAUGUGGUACUUGGAGUCAUCAAUGUGACCAAGUUAUCAAAGUUGGAAGGUGUCAGUGUUGGUCUGUUUGACAUUGUCAACUCAUUAUUACUAUUGGUAUCUAUUGAUUAUCACUGGCGCCAUCUAUCAUUCUUGUUUGGAAGAGUGUUCUUGGAUAGUCUGACGGGAAGCUUGACCAAAAGUGAAUGUCGAGCACUCACUCCACACUACUCAGAGUAUCUGAUCACAUCGUUCAUCGAUAACAGACUCGAAUAUAACUCAUUGGACAGCUGUACAGAGUUGAUCGAUGAGUACAACAACAUCACAACUACACCUGGAUUCCAACAAGUUGAUAAUGAGCUCACAUCAUGGUUCCUUGGCACUGAGGACCCAUCACCAUCCAAAACUAAUGGUAAACUACUCUAUCUUGCACUGCUAGUCAAAGACAAGUCAAACAACAAGUUAUUCACAGAUCUCAAGUUAGACACAUUCAACUUCAUUGUCCAAGCAUGCCAAAGUGCGCCUAUUGAAAGAUUGGAUCGAUCAAGUAGGGUACUGGGACUAUUGAGUGAUGUUGUUGGCUUGGUAAUAGAUAAGGAUAAUGAGGAGCAUCAACGGAUCAUCGUUGAGCUCUUGGAUGAUCAAUUACCCAAUUUCUACACAAAGUUCCAGAUCUUCAUUCCACAUCUUCAUCACAUUGAUCAACACUUUGCCAAGUACUUCAAGUCUCCCAAACUAUUAAUGUUCAACAAGAACAUCUUGCUCAGACUCAUGGGAACAUCAUUCCCCAAGGUUCUACGACUUGUACAAUGA